UCGAGCGCGCGUGCGAGAGCGGCUUUAUCAAUGUCGACGAGUCGUGUAAGUCGUUUCAGCACGUCAAAUUCGACCGAGUUACCUACGUCGACGAAUCGCUUCCGCCACCCAUUUACAGCACAUCCGAAAUUUCCACUCGCCGUCGAGGGUUAUGAACAUCUGGCGAAAGUUGACGAGGAUGUUGGGCUUUGUAAGGCGGACUCCACGCCGGCGGAAGGCACGCGUCUUAUUCGUCGGGCUGAACAAUGCCGGCAAGAGCACGCUGCUGAACCGUCUGAAACCAGACCGCGAACAACUGUCCAGGAAACUGAUAGCGCCAACCGUCGGCUUCACUACCGACGUGUUCGUAUUCAACAACGUCAAGUUCACCGCCAGCGACAUGUCCGGCCGCGACGGGUACCGGAGCAUGUGGGAGUCGAUGUACGCGCAGUGCGACGCCAUCGUGUUCGUGGUGGACAGCACGGACCCGAUGCGGUUCGCCGUGGUCAAGGACGAGCUGGACAUGAUGCUCCGGCACCCGGACGUGGCCGACCGGCCGGACCUGCCCGUACUGUUCGUGGCCAACAAGGCGGCCGCGCCGGACGCGUGCGGAGCGUCCGCCCUGGCCGGCGCGCUCAGGCUGCACGAGCACAUGGGACAGGACCGCCCGUGGCGGCUGGCCAGCACGGACGCGGUGGCCGCGCCCGGUCAGCCGGCCGACGACGGGCUGUGCGACGCCAUGGAGUGGCUGGCGGAGUUGGUCAAGUGCAACCGGCGGCGAUGAAGCGGCUGCCGUUCGCCGUCAAAUUUCUCUGCCGUCUUCAAAGCGACGACGUGCCGAACGACGUCGUACGGUUUAGGUUUUUAUUUUUUAUUAAAUUAUAUAUUAUUGUUUUAUCGUGAUGUGUAUAUUUCGUCGUUGUCGUCGUCGUCGUCGUCGUUGUUAUUAUCGUCCGCCGUACACAGAUUCAAAAAUAAUAUUCGUCCGACUCACACGUUUUACUGUAUUUCAAUAUUGUAGGUAGGUACCUAUAUACAGCACACAAAAAACCCGUGAAGGUUUUGCUCUUUUUAUAAUUCAAUUAAAAGUGCUCAUACGUGUUUUGUUAUGUUUUUUUUUAACCGGCAAUCACGCGACAACGUAAUACUUUGUUUAUAAUAUUUUAAAUAAUUUAACUACGGCACGAUGCUUUUAUCGCCCAAGACAUUAUAUACGUACUAUCAUCGUGUCUAUAAUUAAUAUUGUUCUAUAAACGUUAAGACAGGUCGAGAAUUUGAUUUUUAUAUAAAUCGAAACAUUUAGAAAAAAAUCUUUUUGUGAAUGAGGACGUGUUAUCGUUAAUGAAAGAAAAAAUAUAAAAAAUUAUAAUAAAAAAUAGUUAAUACCUAUAUAGGUAUAAUAUUUUAGAAAAAUUUGUUUUUUUUUUUUUUUUAACAACUUAAAGUAAUUGAAUAAGUAUUUUCAAAAACGUUGAUAAGUAAUUUUUUAAAUAAAGAGUUUCUUACUUUAAAUAGACCUUCCGUUAUAAUGUACUUACAUGUGUAUAUUAAUAUAUUAUUAAUUAUUAUACAUAUAUUUGUCAGCAAUUAUGGAAUAACUAUGUAUAUAGGUACUAGGUAGUCUUAAUCAUGAUAAACCAUAACUAGUAAGCAUGUAAUUGAUAAGUUAUUAUUUCAGCCAAUGAAAAAACAUUAAAACUUUUCAAAUACAAAAAUAUUAUUCAUGAUUUACUUUAUCAGACAAAAAAAAAACCACAAAAUAUUUGUUUUUUUUUUAUUACUAAUUAAAAUAAUGUAAAUACUAAACAUAGGUACCUACUUAAUAUCACACAUUAGUCGUUUUACACUAUUUUUUUCCUGUUUGCAUUUUAAAGUUCUGCAUUCGAUAGCCUGUAUAUUUGUGUUGAUGAUGCAAUAGGUACAGUGGAUAUAAUCGGUUCAUGGUAACUAAAAUACGAUAUGUACGUUCUUAAUUCGAUUAUGUCAAGAUAACGAGAAAAUACAGCAUCUAUCGUUGUUUCUGAUUUUGUUAUUGAAGUAUAUCGGUCAUUAAAUAAAUAAAUAAAUAAAUCGUGAGGGAUUUUCGUCUUAUGGCGAAAGUGUGUCGUGUGUCGCAGCCUUAAAAAUUUUCUACCAGCGGGCGUAUAGAAGUUUCACUUCAAAAAAUAAAAUUAUAUAAUAAUAGCCAAAUUGAUAGAUAUAAUAUUUUUGUAAAAAGUUUAGCUUCAUUUAAUUUUAUACUGACAACGACUAUGUUUAUUAUUGUAUGUAUGUACCUAUUAUUAUUAAAUAAUUCGAUUUUAGUUAUUAAUACUUAAAUUUAAAACCAUUGGUGUAAAUAAUGUUAGUGGUAAUUAUUUUAGAUGAUGCUGUUUCCGGUUAUACUUAUUUAAUAUUAUUUGUAAUUAACCUUUAAUUAAAUAUUAUAUUGUAUUUAAAAAAUAAAAAAAUUAUGUGAGAAGUUAGGGUUGAGGUGAUGUGUUAUAAAAUUGCCACAAUGCAUUCACAUUGCACCGAAUAUUUUAAUUUUUAAUUUCGAACAGAACAAUUGUUAUUAUAUUAUGAUGACAUUCAAAUUAAAUAGGUACAAUUUUUAUUUCAGAUAGCUAUAGAGUGUAGACGGCAGACGCAGUCUCGUGUUCUGGUGGCAAAAUCGUCUCACCGAGUAUACGCGAUUCCAAAUUCCAAUAUUAUGUUUAUAAUCGUUUAUUCUUUUAUUUCAAAAGACACAAAAUGAACGGAAACGCUCGUCAUGCGUGUUGGAUUUAAGUCACAGCUCAGCUCAAAAAUGAAAUCGAACAAGUAAAAUACGUAUCCUGCAAUGUAUUAUUACAAUUACAAUACGUUUCUCUAAGUCGAGAAACUGCACAGUAGGUAUUUCCUGUUCUUUAUAUUUUUACGGAUUAUAUAUUAUUUUGUAUAGGUACCUAUUCUACAAUGCUGUACAAUCGUGUGUUAUAAAAUACUACAAUAUCGUCUUGUACCUUAACAUAAUGCGUAUUUGUUGACCAUUUGCUGUUACAAUAUGUUUUAUGAUGCAGGUACCUUGAUACCUAACGUACAUCGCCAUACCACGACCGGUCUCGUGUUCUGUGACGGACUGUAUAGGGCGCCAGCCUGCCGAGUCAGGAACAGAACACGGCACCGACGCCGUCAACCUUAGAUAAUAAUAAUAACAAAUAUAUAAUAUAGUCAUAGCCUUGUAUUAUAAAUCGUGACGGAUUUUCGCUUUAUUUAUGAAUAAGACGAAUCUGAAAACAUAUAUUUUGAAUUCGUCGACAAGUCUACUUGAGAACGGCCAGUCCACAUUUUUGAUAUUAAAAUAUAACUUUUUGAACAAUUAUUGAAAUAUGACAAUUUUUUAAUUACUCGUUUGUAAUUUAAUGAUUUUAGGAUUUUUGGUAGAUAAUAUCAAAAAUGUGUACCUACUGACCGUUCUCAAAUAGACUUAACGAAAAAUUCAAAUCUAUUUUCAGAAUUUUUAUCUCUUUGCUGUAUCAAUCGGUACGUUGGACAAAAAACACAUCUGAAUUAUUAUGUUGCGCAUGUUUUAAAUAAAGACAGGCAAUUACGGCACCGUCACCAACCCCUUUAUGGCUCGUGUGUAGCAGUUUUGAAAAUUUAUUCCCAGGGCGCGUAUAGAAGUUUCACUUUAAAAAAUAUUUAAAAUAUUAAAAAGUUCGUUUUAAAAACUUAAAACCAGUCACACGUCUUGACCGUAUAUAAUUUAUGCAUCAUCCAUUUACCCGCGGUAAAUUAUCAUACAUAAAAUGCGCAACAACAUAAUAUUCUGAACAAUAGAAGGGUAGGUAUGAAAAAUAAAAAUAUAGUCAUAUCGUACGACUAUGAGACUAAGAAAAUUAUGCAUCAAUUUAUUUUAACGCUAAAUUAUAAUAUAGAAUCUUAUGUAUACUUCUCUAUUUUAUCUUUAAGAAUAUUUAAGUACCUAGUAGUUCAGUAUUCAUUUACUUAGAAUAAAUAGAUACGCCAAAUAUUUUAAAUAUUUUGAUAUUAAUAAUUAUUAACAUUGCUGUAUAAAAUCAUAGGUGGAAGUGAAUGAGAUACCAGCUCGAAAUAUUUAAUAGAUAGAUACCUAAAACGUGUAUAUACGUGUAUACGUGUAUGUUUCAAUGUAUUUUGAAACAAAUGUUCUUGUAGUCAUUAAAACAUUAUAUUAAAGUGAUGUACUGAUAUAUACUUGUGAUUAUACACGUCGUGUAAUUUUAUUCUUUACUCGAGUGUUAAGUAAAAUUGGUUGCUCUAGCAAAUGCAAUUAUUUAUCAGUAAUAAGUGUAGUUAUACUUUAUUUUAGAAAGUAAUAAUAAUUAUUAACUUACUGCAGUUAUUAUAAUUUAUUGAUAUAAUCACUCGAUAAAAUAUGUA